UUGUGUAUUAUUAUAUUGUAUAUUGUUAUUUUACACACUGACAUAAACUCAUGACAUUCCCUAAGCCCAGAAAUUGCACACACACACAUACACACACACACACACCGACGCUAGAGAGUCAUCGUCCGGGCUCCGGAUGCCAGGCCAAUGUGUAAGGCAAUCGAUUCACGUCCCGUGAUCGACAGAAUUCGUUGAAAAGGAUUUUAUCAUGUGCUGGUGGAUUUCCACACACAAACUUAAACUUUUGGUUGUUGUCCUAACGUUAAUUGUGGCGCAGGUCGACGGUGAGCUUAAAGCCUCAAUGAAUGCCACGCUAUUAUUAUACUAUAGUAAAACGAAAUUUGCAUGGUUUUUGAUAGCGCGUUGUUUAUUGGGCUUUACGUUAGCCAUUUGGGCCCUAAUCGGUUUCUUUGCCCUGUUUUAUGACUCGGUUACUGGUGUGGCCAUUUAUUCCACAGGAAUUUGUGCAAUUACAUCAUUUGAUAUCGCUUGUAUCUUUUGGGAAAUUCAUCUCAAUUCGGAAGGUUUGCCAAAUGUCCUGCAGAAGAGUUCAGGCAGUAUGGAAAUCCAACGUCGAUUAUCAAAAGAAACUUUGAAAUUAGAACAGGGCAUUGCAAAUGUAGUCAUGGUUAUUUUGGUUUUUGUUCAGGUGGUGGUCAACAUUGCUGGCUGGUGGCUAGCUAUGCGUUUGCGUAAAUAUCAUGCUGAUGAGGAGCAAUAUGAACGGGAUAGGGCCAAUCUCGAGGAGAUUCGUAACUCACAAUUUCAGCAAUGAAGACAGUACUUUGGACAUCAUUAUAAGAAAGCUGGCCAAAAAGAAUAAAGGGACAAGGCGUGUCCUUAUUUCAAAAGAGGGCCCAGUGUGCCAGUUGGAAUUGAAUGCACAGAAUAGAGGACACUUUACCACAACA